CGACGGUAAUACAUCGGACGCACGUGCACAAGCGCUCGACAGACUGCACACUCACAGGCCCUCUAAACACAAACACGAACAUGAGUAUCCGACACCCAUUUUCCCGAACACCAUCGAACCCACAGAGCACAACAUGCCCCAUGCCAUAACUGCUACCAACGACGAAAUGAAACGCAACUCGAAAACAAGCACCGACACACAAAUCCAGCCGCAGCCCGCAUACGAUCGAAUAAACGCACGCGAUGCGCACGAACAAGAAACACACACAAUCACUCCCACACAUUCGGAUUCCAGUGCUGAACGGCCUGCAGUGGUCAGUGCCUCACGCAUAUCCCCUGCUGUCCAAACACACACCCACUCGACAUACAUGCAACGGCCGGAAGUCUCAAAACAAACUGAUUCCAACACGCUCUUGGGGGCCCAGCAUCCGGCCAGCCCAAAGUCAUCGCCCCACAUCUCACACACAUGCAGUCGAGCGAACGAAGAACAACUGACUGGCGACAUCCGCAAGUACACGAACACCGACGGUAAUACAUCGGACGCACGUGCACAAGCGCUCGACAGACUGCACACUCACAGGCCCUCUAAACACAAACACGAACAUGAGUAUCCGACACCCAUUUUCCCGAACACCAUCGAACCCACUGAGCACAACAUGCCCCAUGCCAUAACUGCUACCAACGACGAAAUGAAACGCAACUCGAAAACAAGCACCGACACACAAAUCCAGCCGCAGCCCGCAUACGAUCGAAUAAACGCACGCGAUGCGCACGAACAAGAAACACACACAAUCACUCCCACACAUUCGGAUUCCAGUGCUGAACGGCCUGCAGUGGUCAGUGCCUCACGCAUAUCCCCUGCUGUCCAAACACACACCCACUCGACAUACAUGCAACGGCCGGAAGUCUCAAAACAAACUGAUUCCAACACGCUCUUGGAAGCCCAGCUUCCGGCCAGCCCGAGGUCAUCGCGCCAGACGUCAUACACUUGCAGUCGAGCGAACGAAGAACAACUGACCGGCGACAUCCGCAAGUACACGAACACCGACGGUAAUACAUCGGACGCACGUGCACAAGCGCUCGACAGACUGCACACUCACAGGCCCUCUAAACACAAACACGAACAUGAGUAUCCGACACCCAUUUUCCCGAACACCAUCGAACCCACUGAGCACAACAUGCCCCAUGCCAUAACUGCUACCAACGACGAAAUGAAACGCAACUCGAAAACAAGCACCGACACACAAAUCCAGCCGCAGCCCGCAUACGAUCGAAUAAACGCACGCGAUGCGCACGAACAAGAAACACACACAAUCACUCCCACACAUUCGGAGUCCAGUGCUGAACGGCCUGCAGUGGUCAGUGCCUCACGCAUAUCCCCUGCUGUCCAAACACACACCCACUCGACAUACAUGCAACGGCCGGAAGUCUCAAAACAAACUGAUUCCAACACGCUCUUGGAAGCCCAGCUUCCGGCCAGCCCGAGGUCAUCGCGCCAGACGUCAUACACUUGCAGUCGAGCGAACGAAGAACACCUGACCGGCGACAUCCGCAAGUACACGAACACCGACGGUAAUACAUCGGACGCACGUGCACAAGCGCUCGACAGACUGCACACUCACAGGCCCUCUAAACACAAACACGAACAUGAGUAUCCGACACCCAUUUUCCCGAACACCAUCGAACCCACUGAGCACAACAUGCCCCAUGCCAUAACUGCUACCAACGACGAAAUGAAACGCAACUCGAAAACAAGCACCGACACACAAAUCCAGCCGCAGCCCGCAUACGAUCGAAUAAACGCACGCGAUGCGCACGAACAAGAAACACACACAAUCACUCCCACACAUUCGGAUUCCAGUGCUGAACGGCCUGCAGUGGUCAGUGCCUCACGCAUAUCCCCUGCUGUCCAAACACACACCCACUCGACAUACAUGCAACGGCCGGAAGUCUCAAAACAAACUGAUUCCAACACGCUCUUGGAAGCCCAGCUUCCGGUCAGCCUAAGUCAUCGCCCCACAUCUCACACACAUGCAGUCGAGCGAACGAAGAACACCUGACUGGCGACAUCCGCAAGUACACGAACACCGACGGUAAUACAUCGGACGCACGUGCACAAGCGCUCGACAGACUGCACACUCACAGGCCCUCUAAACACAAACACGAACAUGAGUAUCCGACACCCAUUUUCCCGAACACCAUCGAACCCACUGAGCACAACAUGCCCCAUGCCAUAACUGCUACCAACGACGAAAUGAAACGCAACUCGAAAACAAGCACCGACACACAAAUCCAGCCGCAGCCCGCACACGAUCGAAUAAACGCACGCGAUGCGCACGAACAAGAAACACACACAAUCACUCCCACACAUUCGGAUUCCAGUGCUGAACGGCCUGCAGUGGUCAGUGCCUCACGCAUAUCCCCUGCUGUCCAAACACACACCCACUCGACAUACAUGCAACGGCCGGAAGUCUCAAAACAAACUGAUUCCAACACGCUCUUGGAAGCCCAGCUUCCGGCCAGCCCGAGGUCAUCGCGCCAGACGUCAUACACUUGCAGUCGAGCGAACGAAGAACAACUGACCGGCGACAUCCGCAAGUACACGAACACCGACGGUACUACAUCGGACGCACGUGCACAAGCGCUCGACAGACUGCACAAUCACAGGCCCUCUAAACACAAACACGAACAUGAGUAUCCGACACCCAUUUUCCCGAACACCAUCGAACCCACUGAGCACAACAUGCCCCAUGCCAUAACUGCUACCAACGACGAAAUGAAACGCAACUCGAAAACAAGCACCGACACACAAAUCCAGCCGCAGCCCGCAUACGAUCGACGAAACGCACGCGAUAUGCACGAGCAACGAGCAGACACAAUCACUCCCACACAUUCGGAGUCCAGUGCUGAACGGCCUGCGGUGGUCAGCGCCGCACUCAUAUCCCCUGCUGUCCAAACACACACCCACUCGACAUACAUGCAACGGCCGCAAUUAUCACAACAAACUGAUUCCAAAACGCUCUUGGAAGCCCAGCUUCCGGUCAGCCCGAGGUCAUCGCGCCAGACGUCAUACACUUGCAGUCGAGCGAACGAAGAACACCUGACUGGCGACAUCCGCAAGUACACGAACACCGACGGUACUACAUCGGACGCACGUGCACAAGCGCUCGACAGACUGCACAAUCACAGGCCCUCUAAACACAAACACGAACAUGAGUAUCCGACACCCAUUUUCCCGAACACCAUCGAACCCACUGAGCACAACAUGCCCCAUGCCAUAACUGCUACCAACGACGAAAUGAAACGCAACUCGAAAACAAGCACCGACACACAAAUCCAGCCGCAGCCCGCAUACGAUCGAAUAAACGCACGCGAUGUGCACGAACAAGAAACACACACAAUCACUCCCACACAUUCGGAUUCCAGUGCUGAACGGCCUGCAGUGGUCAGUGCCUCACGCAUAUCCCCUGCUGUCCAAACACACACCCACUCGACAUACAUGCAACGGCCGGAAGUCUCAAAACAAACUGAUUCCAACACGCUCUUGGAAGCCCAGCUUCCGGCCAGCCCGAGGUCAUCGCGCCAGACGUCAUACACUUGCAGUCGAGCGAACGAAGAACACCUGACCGGCGACAUCCGCAAGUACACGAACACCGACGGUAAUACAUCGGACGCACGUGCACAAGCGCUCGACAGACUGCACACUCACAGGCCCUCUAAACACAAACACGAACAUGAGUAUCCGACACCCAUUUUCCCGAACACCAUCGAACUCACUGAGCACAACAUGCCCCAUGCCAUAACUGCUACCAACGACGAAAUGAAACGCAACUCGAAAACAAGCACCGACACACAAAUCCAGCCGCAGCUCGCAUACGAUCGACGAAACGCACGCGAUAUGCACGAGCAACGAGCAGACACAAUCACUCCCACACAUUCGGAUUCCAGUGCUGAACGGCCUGCGGUCGUCAGCACCUCACUCAUAUCCCCUGCUGUCCAAACACACACCUACUCGACACACAUUCAACGGACGCCAGUCUUAAAAGCAACAGUCCCCACCACGUACUUGGAAGCCCAGCUUCCGACUCGCAUGUCGAACACUUGCGUCGCCACCCAGCUCCUUCCUGGAUCCAUCUCUAACCCUGAGAACCCGUGGCUCUUUGCGAAACUUAGUUUGAUUAAACCUGUGUUUUUCGCUGCUGUUUCGUCAAUUCUGAAUGGAAAUGAUAUGCGCUCCUCUGCUUCUUUAUGCGCACUUAGUUUUAGUGACCGAGUUUUGAAUUGUUAUUUUCCUGCAUCUCAUGACUUUUCUGCUGCCUCUCGUGGUUUGAUUUCUUCCCAAGUUUUACCCAAUGUUCCUACUCCUGUGUCUUGUUUCUGCUGUGUUUCUCUACUUGGUGAGGAGGCGGCUGCUUUACGUCGAUCUCCAACUCGUUUGUCAUGUUCGCUUCCUGAAUCUCCUCCUUCCUUUGCAACUAAUGCUAUUCCGCGAGACUUUACUGAGAUGUCUGGUUCCAUUCCUGUAUCCACAGCCAGUGUUCCUAAGGAGAAGGUAAUCCAUUCGUGUGAGCCUGCAUGUCAUCCAGAUGACCCAUCUUCUGCGUCCUAUUAUUAUUAUUCCUAUUCCUCCGGCCCGUCAACUGGACAGGAUGUCCCUUCACUGUUUUCGUUCAUAGCCUCCGAAUUCACUGUUGUUGGAGCUGCACAAGUUGAUUCGAAAACGGUUAAUGAACCGAACAGUACACUUGCAACCAAAGUUGAAUCCAUUGCGUAUUAUCCUCCUCGGGCUUUGUCCUUCCAGACUGGGGUCUUGGAAUAUGUGGGACUCUUUGAAAUGACCGAUCUGACAACUUCCGCAGCGCGCGCAGGAUUAUCUACGACACGUGCUCAUCGGCUUACUGCAAUCCUCACUGAAGAUGAGAUUGACGAUGAGGAGCUUAUAGCCUCUUCAGCUGCUCUGUACAGUCCAAAUGAAUCGAAAGACGCAAAAACACUUGAGUGGUUUUUAUUUGGCACAUUUCAUUCUGCAUAUCCGUUGCCUUCUGAUUUGAUGUGCACUUCCCAAUAUUCUUCCUACACCUUUCGGUUGACCCGGCUGGACUCGGCUGGAUCGUUACGUAUGACCAUUGGGCGGCCAGCUGGUAAAAUGUCAAGCAUUGUGGUUGCAUCGAUCGCAAAAUCGGAGCGAUUACCAAGUCCGCAGUUACAAGAUACUGUGUUUGGUUUCUCGGGGAACAUUGUGGAACAGCGUACAUUACACCCGAAAGUGGCUUCUAUCAAACGGAGGCGGGGAAAUGCAGACGAAUCGCACUGCCAAGUGAACAAAAUGCCUCAUCUGAGCUUAACAUUGCCGGAUUCAGGAAUGGCGAUUCGGACACAACGUAGCUCCGUUCGUGUGAGAUUCUCGCGACCUUGUACAAAGCGAGGAACACAGGAUGAUGCCCUACCGUCGCAGGUGAAUUGGGAACGAAGGAGCCUUUUUUACGGUGGUAAAACAUGGUGUACACCUGAUAUGGAGGACAGCGUACUAAAUGACGAGUGUCGAGCUGCCCCCUCAUUUAUGAUUUGUACCUGCCGCAGCCGAACAAAACAUUAUCUCCCUGGUGCAGGAUGUUCUUGCAAAAGUUCACCAAAAAGUGUAUGUCAGUGCAGCUGGAGGUGCGAACGCCCCAGCGGAGUGCAUAACCCACAUAUCCACCGCGCAUUAGUUUCCUCCUGUGCCAAAACUAAGAAAUCCCUGGGGAUUAAACGGCAACAACGACUUCACACAUCUGCCAUGUAUAGGGCAAGUCAUGAUCCGGUACUUUGCCACGCACCAUGUCUCGGCGGUCAGCCCGAAUUCGAACAAGGUGCGUCGUACACCGGUAAGUCGAGGCAGACAUCAUGUAAUCGUUCGCUCCGCUGCCGCUGUAAUUGUCGAGCAAAUGGGUUGCGGCUAAUAUGACGAAAUAAUAAAGCAAAACGGAACUCCACAUGUACCACCCAAUCGAGUUCAUCAAAACGAGUCCAUCAGUAUAGCGGAUUUUGUUUCUUCGAUGUGUUGUCUCAAAAAUAAUGAUCCUUACAUUCGGAUAUGGUUAUUAUAUGUUUUUAAUUCAUCA